AUGGUGCAUUCUGGGUUAGGCCAUUCCCACGCCGCCGCCGCCGCCACCAUCGUGGCAUUGCCGACGGAGUUGCACAAGGCCGCCCACCGCAACGAUGCAGGGACCAUUACCAUGUUGCUCCGAGGCGGCGGCAUGGACCCCAACUCCCGUGUCGAAUGCCCGAACUGCGACGAAGGGGCAACCGCUCUUCAUCUUGCUGCGCAACAGGGACAUCUGGAGGCGGUGCUGGCUCUCCUUGACGGCGGUGCGCGGCCCGGCGGUCGAGACUCCACCGACCCCGGUCGACCACGGAGCGAGAACAACCGGGUGGUUUCGGGUUCCUCCUCCCCCUCCUCCUCCUCCUCCGAAGAGUGGGACAUCUCCGACUCCGACGACGUCUCCGAACAAGAACACGAUGACCUAACACCGCUGCACCUGGCGUGCGUCGGCGGGCACACGGCGGUCGUCCAAGCCCUACUGUCCGCCGGGGAGCCAACCGACCGACUCGCUUCGGGUCGGAAAGUGAGCGACCACGCCGCCGUCCACGGCAACAACGCCGCCCCCGACCACUCCGGCGGGACCGGGGGAGGAGUUGUGCCUCACUUCUUUGGCGGCGUCGAGGGCGGGCACACCCCGCUGCACCUGGCUUCGGCGUGCGGGGCGGCGGGCGCGGUGCGCGCCCUCGUGGGAGCCGGGGCGUGCGUUCACCGGCGAGAGGGAGACUGCGACGACACCCCGCUCCACCUCGCGAGCGCGGCGGGACACGUCGAGGCGAUGGCGGCGCUCCUCGCGGCCGGGGCGGACAUCAACGCCGGGGACGAGAUCGGCAACACCCCGCUGCACGUGGCCCGCGACGCCGAGACCCUCGAGUUCCUCCUCUCUCGCGGGGCGAACCCAAACCUCGUGGCCAUGUCCCGGUACGGAGGUGGCACCCCGCUCGGGAGCUACUGCACGCUGAUCCACCGCCUCGAGACCGACGACCGUGGCAUGCGGAACGCGACGGCGAAGGUCGAAGCGCUGCUGCGCUACGGCGCGAGCGUGCACAUCCGACCCACGACCGCCGGCGACCUGUCCUUUCUCCCCCACGCGUCCCCCGCCACCGUUGCUGCUGCGUCCCCCAUCCUGUCGUGCGCUGCCAAGAACGGCGUGCCGGGGAUAGUUUCCGCCCUUCUCGGCGCCGGGCUAGACCCCAACGAGCGCGACAGAGAUGGCUGGGCCCCGAUCCACGACGCGGUCCAGGGCGACCACGUCGACGUGCUCCGCCUGCUGCUGCGGGCUGGGGCCGAACGGGACGCCCCCACUCGCAGCGGGGGGUGGACUCCUCUCCAUCUCGCGUGCCGGUACACCAGCGUGGAGUGUGUCGUGGAGCUGCUUCGCUGGAACGCCUCGCUUGGGCCGGCGGAAAGGCCGUCGUCUUUCAACGCGCGUGCGGAGGGCAGCGCUGUUCAUCGUCCCGGCAACAACGAAACCAAGCCGAUUUUCGGCGUCGCGCUCGAAGAUUAUCCUCCGGAAGAGGAGGAGGAGGAGGAGGAGGAGGAGAACGGUUACGGUAAGACGCCGGCCGAGGUGGUCGGUCUGAAAAAUCUCGCCGCGGCUUCGACGGGCCCCGCCGGCAGCGGCGGGAGCGGUCACAGGGCGGACCCGAGCCUGGACGAGGAGGAAGAGCAGAUGGUAGUGUUUGGUGAUGAUGACGAGGAAACGGGAGACAGGAACACGGGCGUAGGCGAGCGCAACGCCAUUCGUCGCGCCCUGCGGCGCGAGGCGGCCUGGCGCAGGAGAAGGGGGGCCGUUCUGGUCAAGGUCUGCCUUGAGAGGCAGCGCCAGCUCGAGGGAGCAGCGGCAACUGCUGCGCCGACGCCGUGUGCAGCGGUCCCCAACGACGGCGGCGGCGGCGGCGACGGUUUCAGCCCUUCCGCUCGCGUUAAGCGCAAGGGCAGCGUGCGGGACGACGCGAGGGUCUCCGUUUCUUCUGUACAACCACCCGGACCCGCCGCGGAGAUGACGGCCGGGGGUGGAGUAGACGACGAGCGGUUGCUGCAGGGGGCUUUGGAAGGGUUGGUGGGCCUGGCUGAGCGCGAAGAGGCGCUUUUUCGUGAGAUUGUCAUGUGCUUGUAA